CAAUGAAAAUUAUAAUGAUAAAUGUUGUUGGAUAUUCAUCGAGAGAUAUCUAACAUAAAUAUACGUAGAAUGUAAUACAUGGAUGUUCAUAUAGAAAAAUGUAAUCUACUCUCGUAAUAGUACCGAACUGUUCUAUAAUUAAACGAAACGACGUUUUGACUAAAAUCCAUUAAACAAUAUUAAUUUAAAUAGGAGCAGUACGUUCUACAUUCUCCGACAGUGAUCUCCGAGAUUGUUAAUCGAAUACAGAAUAAAGAUAAAUAAUUCCCAGUCUAACUAUUCCUAAAUGUGCUCUGAUGUGGUUUCGACAUUAACCUCGUGUGAUAAACAAUCUCGCGUUGCUGCACCUGUGACUCUGACUUGCAAAAGAGAAACAUAUUAACGAAGAAAUGCCACGGUUACCGUUACAUCCGUCAUCGGGAACUGGUCAGAUCAGUGCCUUUCGUAAAUCAAUACGAUUUGCUCGUUAUGGAUGUGCAAACCGACCAUUCUAUCACAUCGUUGUCAUGGACCUGAAACUUAACCAGCAUAAACCUCCUAUAGAACAAUUGGGCACUUAUGAUCCUUUGCCCAAUAAGUACAAUGAAAAAUUAAUUUCGUUGAAUUUAGAACGCCUACAAUAUUGGUUGGGACAAAAACCAGCGAUAUCUAAACCAGUUGCUAAUCUACUAGGGCUCGCUGGCUUUUUUCCAAUUCACCCACAGACAUACAUGACUGCAUGGAGAAACCGAAGGGCACAAGACGAAGCAAGUAAAACUACAGAGCCUGAAAGUGACACAAAAGCAGAAGCUGCUGGCUAACAAGCUUCAGCUAUUUUAUUUUUGUUCUGUCCUUAGUUUGUAAUCGAUAACGCUUCUACACUCGAAUAAAAUUGUUACUGAAAAUAGAAAAACAAUUGGUUCGAUGUUAUAUUGAUACAAAAAUGAAGUAGGAUCGUUUGUAUUAUAUUCGGAAAGUAUUGAAUAUGAAAAAUGUAAAUAAAAAAAAAAUUUCCCCAGG